UACAUACAUUUAAAGUGAUUACGAGCUGCGGUCCGAGUAGUUCAGAAUAACUGCGGCGAUUGGCGGACGUUUCACGCGCUCGGCUCGCGCAAUAUUCAAAUUUUGAUUAACAAAAGCAUAACAAUCAAAAAACAUACAUACAUACUAUAUAUAUAUAUAUAUAGCCAAGGGCAAGCAAUAGGUCCAGGCAAUGCUCCAGCUGCGUCUGGGACUUGUGAUUGUCGCGUGCCUCGCACACGGGGCACAGUGCCUCACAGAGAGGAACGCACACCUGGCUAACGUUCUGGUGGCGGCGUCUCGCUUGGAUUUGCGCGCCGGCGAUGCCUACAAUGUCAGCUGUUCGUUUGCCAAGAUGGACUCGCUGCUGGCGCUCUGCCCCGGCGGCAUGGACAACAUCAAUAUCCGUAGGCAGCCCGGCGUGAAUCUGAAGGUGAGCAAACUGAAUGCGACCAGUGUCUACCAUGAGGUGCUAGAGGCGGAGCCGAAGCACUCGAGCGUUAACAGCUACGAGUGCCUGUGCAAUGGCGUCAGUCUCGGCUCCGUCAAGUUCAUGGUGGGCGUCCGGCUGGCGGUGAAGGACUUUGAGUGUCGCUACCGCGAGAAUGGACAUUUGUCGCGGCUCAAUUGCAGCUUCAGCCGGCCGCCGCUUGGCCAGCAGGUGGACUGGACGACCAGCUACAGGCUGCAGUAUCGCCAGCAGGUGUCCGAAUGCCGCGUGGACAGCGACAAGGACAAGGAGCUGAUGCACUGCAGCAUUGCUAUGCCGGACUAUAACCGAUUCGCCGAUGUCUACGAUUUGACGCUGAGCAUGCGCGACCAGCUGCCGUCGGGGUCGCUGCAGCAGCAGCAUUUCCAGCUGAGCCGGAUGCAGUGCAUCGAAAUGGAGCCGCCGGGCGAAAAUGCCACCGUGCUGCUGCUGAACAGCUCGGCGAUAUGCCUGGACUGGAGUGACAGCAGCCAGACGAAUCACAUUGGCUACAACAUCAGCUGGCAACUGGAGCUGGUGCCGACGCCGCCGCCCGACUGGCCCCGGCCGCAGCCGCAGCGCUCCAGCCCGAUCCGGCUGCAGCUCUGCCUGGCCCAGCUGCCGUAUUCAUACUACAACUACACCUUCCGGCUGUCGCGGCGCUACAAUGACAGCCGCGCCCGCUGGAGCAAGCCGUAUGAGCAUAGAUUUCAGACAGCGCCCGCACUGCCGGCACGUCCGCCCGCCGUCUGGCCGUCGGGCUAUCAUCGGAAUCCGGAGCAGCCGGAGGAGGUGCGCGUCUACUGGCAGCAGCUGGACAAACUGGAGCGCAAUGGUCCACAGUUCGAAUACCAUGUGCGCGUCCUCAGGGCCAGCGACAAGCAGCAUGUCAGGCAGGCAAGGAUUGCGGUCGAGUCGAACAUGGCCAUAAUCCGGAAUGUGAAUCCGUCCGAGGAGAGCUAUAUAAUAGAGAUACGCAGUCGGAACGCGAUCGGGAUGUCGACGAAGAGCAGUCAGAUACGGAUACCGCAGCUGGUGCUGCCCGGCCAGCGGAUACCGAGGAACGUGACCGUGUCCAAGACGGCGGGCAGCUUGAGCUGGGAGCCGCCGGAGCAGGGCGACAAUCUGCUGGGCUACACCGUCUACUGGUGCCGCUCGAAUGUGACGGAUCGCAGCCAUUGCAACGAAACGGUGGCCAUUGCCUCCGCGGAGCUGGUGCAGCCGACCAGGUGCUACUACGAGGACGCCAGGCUGCGGCUGGACUCGUACGAGUGGGGCAUCUCGGCCAAUUAUGAGCCAAACAGCGACGGCAGCGGCGGCAUCCACUGGCUGGAAUGGCAUUAUGGCGCACUCGUUAGCCAGAAUAAUGAACGCCAAGUCGACUGGAUGAACAACCUCCAGGGCAUCGUUGCGCUCGUCGUGCUGGGCGUCUUCAUACACAUGAUUGUGCGCAAAUUUCGUUCGAUGUCCGACAUUGAUGUCGUUUUUCCCGUGGGUGUGCUCAGUCCGCAGCAGCAGCAGCAGCAGCGGGAGCAGCAGGAUCAGCAUCAGCGGGAGCAGCUGCUGCCCACCAAACUGCCCGAGCAGCUGCCCCUGAGAGUCGUGGCAGAGACCAGCAUUGGCGACUCCGAACCCGACUCCGAAUCCGCCAUGGUUGUGCAGAUGCCGGCCGUGCUCCGUGGCAACUUCAUGCCGCUGGAUGUGCUGGUGGUCGCGCCCGCUGCCCCACAAACGGAUUAUGUGUCCAUGCAGUUGGCGCCGCAGCCCGCAGCGGAGUCCAGGCCCGUGCCGCUCAAGCGGCCCACAACGCCGGCUAAUCCCCGCGUGCACUUCGCCUCGAACUAUAUAAGGAUGCAGCCCAGGCCGGCGCCGGACUAUGUAACGCCGCCAAGAGUCUACAGAUAGUUGCUAUACAAAUGCCAGGACAUCUUUACGCUAUAGUAGUUCGAUACAACGCCCACUUUUCCAGAGUCUUCAGAUUGUCAGACAGAAGCGAGAGCACCACCCAUGGAACCUAUAUGGACUGGACAACUAGAGUACAAAAAUGGGACCGCAGGUCCAAAGUCGGCUUCGUUUUUGUUCGGGCUCCGAGACACGCUCGCAUGCUCAGACAGCAAGAGAGUAGCAAAUACAUAUGAUUUGUGCGCUAGAACGGCAUCGCUGUCUUUUCAUCUCGCUCACACUACAGGAAACUGCCUUGGCUUACUCUCAGUGCUCGUUAUCUCAUUAUGUCUAGGGAUCGUUACAUGUAUGUGUGUGUGUGUGUGUGUGUGUGUGUGUGUGUGUAUAUGUCCGCACAAGCAAAAAUGCGCACAAUUUCAAUUUGUUCUCUAUGUUCUAUGGUAAGUGGCGAGAGACACUCUCAGUCUCUCUCUCUCUCUCUCUCUCUCUCUCUCUCUCUCUCUCUCUCUCCUCCC